AUAUAAUGUUUUUUUCUUUUACUUUUUUUUUGUUGAACCUGAACUAAAUCACACGAAAUUUUAUUAUGUAGAUCACUUCAAGUAUUUUUCUUUAUGGCACAUGUUUUUUUUAAUUACUGCGCGAUAGGUUGUUUGUCUGUUUAUGAUAGACCAAUUACCAAAGAGUAAAAUAAAAUGAAUGACACAAAUAUUGACAAAAUAAAAAGGGAGUCUUCUUUUGCACCCUUUUUCCCCAUUAUAUUUUCAUGAUGGGCCCAAGAUACGCCCAAAAAGGAGGUCAUGCUAGGUACAUAUUUGACUCUACCUUUGUGUCUAUACGUGACACACACACAAAGUCACCCCUGAAAGAUUCAUUUUUGUUUAUACCCUUUCUUCUCCCUGAUCUCAUCUCUCUUCCCUUUCUCUUUUACUUUUUCUUUUUUUUUUUCUAAAAAAAAAAGAAAACUGCGCAUGUUAAGAGUCUCUUCCAUUUUGUACCUUCAAAGGGUAUGGUCUCGUCCGUCAAACGUGAUUGUUCGCGAAACAUCAAAUAAUUCUGUACAACAAGAAACUGUGGCUACAAUAGACAAUGCAUCGAUACCCGAUGCUUCCUUACCGCAGGCACCGCCAAAAGACAUUUUAGAAUCAUUAAAAAAAUCUGAACGAAAAGAGCAAGUAUUACAAGAUCAGCAAUGCAUUGAUGAUGAACACGAGCGCUUAAAACAAGAGCGUCUAAAAAACGAACAAGAUCUGUUCCUGAUAACACAGGAACGGCAAAAAAGGGAAAAGGAAUUAGAAACCCUUCAAUUGGAGCGACAGAAAUUAGAGCAAGAGGAACAACUUCAAAGAAUGAAGAGAGAAAGACAAAAGGAAGAAGAACAGCGCGACAAGAUUAGGUUUGAGAGACAAAGAAAGAUUCUGCAAGACCGUCAAGAAGAAGAAGACAAACAAACAAGGUUUCGUCUAGAAGAAGAGCGUCUUGAACAGGAACGCUUACACGAAGAGCGUCUCUUCCGAGAGUCGUUACUCGUGGUAACGGCCGCACCUACGGAACAAUACCCAGUAACCAAGGCAACGACUCCACCGCCUUCCAUCACAGGUGAUAACUCAUGCUCCAGUAGCAGCACUAACCUAUUUGAAAGAACUCUCCCGGCCAUGUCUCAUGAAACAUCAUUCCACCCUUACAAUUUACCCCUCAUUCAAUCAAGACAGCAUCCGCAACAAAAUCAGCAGCAGCAGCAGCAGCAUGACCGUGACUAUUAUGACGACGACCUUUCUUCCGAUUUGGAUAGCGAACAUAUUAUUGAUCAAUUACCCACGCCCCCUUCCACGCCCAACAAAUUCUCUCCCAAACGUAUACUCCAUAAAGCAAAAUCAAGCAUCACCGAUGACUCUGUGCGAAACUUGGGAAGAAGGACGAGUUUAUUUCUCGAAAAAAAGCUGACUCCGUCCACCAGUGACGAUUUUUCAAUCACUAGUAUGAGAAGACAAUCUUCCAAGAUAUCAGGUAAAGGAAAAUCAUUCACAAAGAAAUUAAAACGUGUCUUAUCUUUUCAUCAAUCCUAA